UAAAGGGGAGAAGCAGGCGAACCGGACGGCUGGAGCUGCAGCCGGUGGCGGCAGCGGUGGCGCGGGGAGCGGUGACCGGUGUUGGUUUCCCUCCUCGGCGCCGAGUGGGGAGCGGGUGACGCCCCCUAACCCCCUAAGGGGUCGUGGCUAAUUUUUUCCCCCCAUUUUUUCUUUUUUCUUUAGGCUAUUCUCGAGGUUUUUAGCUGCGGGAGGAGUGCCCCCCUCCUCCUGCUCUCCCGCCUCUUACUCCUUCUGGAUCGGUUUUGUUGAGAGAUUUUUUUUUUUUUUUUUUGCCCCACUCUUGGCGGGUGACUUGGGUCACCCUCCGGGUCUCAGUUUUUUUUUUUUUCUUUUUUUUUAAUUUUCUUUUUUUUUUUUUUUUCCUUUCUUUCUAUCUCGUUCCCUCUUGUUUGUGUUGUGUGUGGAAAUGGCGAACUCGGCAAACACAAACACCGUGCCUAAAUUGUAUAGAUCUGUGAUUGAAGAUGUUAUUAAUGACGUACAAGACAUUUUUCUGGAUGAUGGAGUGGAUGAACAGGUCCUGAUGGAACUAAAAACUUUGUGGGAGAAUAAACUAAUGCAGUCUAGGGCAGUAGAUGGAUUUCAUUCAGAAGAACAGCAGCUUUUGUUGCAAGUUCAGCAGCAGCAUCAACCCCAGCAGCAGCAGCAUCACCAUCACCACCACCACCACCACCAGCAAGCGCAACCUCAGCAAACGGUACCUCAGCAAGCACAGACCCAGCAGGUCCUUAUUCCUGCAUCUCAGCAAGCUACAGCACCACAAGUUAUUGUUCCUGAUUCUAAGUUGCUACAACAUAUGAAUGCAUCAAGUAUUACGAGUGCUGCUGCUACAGCUGCUACCUUGGCACUGCCUGCAGGAGUGACUCCUGUUCAACAGCUACUAACAAAUUCAGGCCAGCUGCUUCAGGUGGUCAGAGCAGCCAAUGGUGCCCAGUAUAUCUUGCAGCCUCAGCAGUCAGUUGUUCUACAACAACAAGUUAUACCACAAAUGCAGCCUGGUGGAGUCCAAGCUCCUGUUAUCCAGCAGGUCUUAGCUCCACUUCCUGGAGGGAUUUCACCACAGACAGGCGUCAUCAUCCAGCCACAGCAAAUCUUAUUUACAGGAAAUAAGACUCAGGUCAUUCCUACAACAGUGGCAGCACCCACACCGGCACAAGCGCAGAUGCCUACAGCUGGACAGCAGCAGCCACAGGCCCAGCCUGCCCAACAGCAAGCUCCGUUGGUGCUGCAAGUUGAUGGAACAGGGGAUACAUCUUCUGAGGAAGAUGAAGAUGAAGAAGAAGACUAUGAUGAUGAUGAGGAAGAAGAUAAAGAGAAAGAUGGAGCUGAAGAUGGGCAGGUGGAAGAAGAGCCCCUCAACAGUGAGGAUGACGUCAGUGACGAGGAGGGACAGGAACUCUUUGACACAGAAAAUGUUGUUGUCUGCCAGUAUGAUAAGAUACACAGAAGUAAAAAUAAAUGGAAAUUUCAUCUCAAGGAUGGCAUUAUGAAUCUUAAUGGAAGAGAUUAUAUAUUUUCCAAAGCCAUUGGAGAUGCAGAGUGGUGAAGAGUUGCUCUUCUUUCCUCUUAUAAAUAAGACAAAGAAACUUAAAAAGUUAAAAUGGACGGUUUGAAACUUGGGACAUAUAUCAGCCAAAACUUCACUUCUGCAUGUCAGAAAGGCGCAGUAGAAGCAAAGCUACUGGAGCAGAGCUAGGCCUUGACCACAUAGACACUACUUCAGACCGGCAAGCCAUGG